AGAUCCGUUUGCACCGUCAACGAGAGUGUUUCGCCGCCGUCCUUUUCGACCGAACUCAAUUUGUGCGAAAUAUAUAUUUUGAGAGUGUGUGUGCGUGUCACGCGACGCGUCGCGACGUCUGCGAGUGAAAAGUGCCGGCAAAUUAGACGUCCUUCCCCCGCUUGCUUCCAGCCUUAAUUUAGUGUCCUACCCGUCCGGAAGGAAGGAAGGGAAGGGGGUUUGGGGUUGUUGCGUACCCCUAAACUGCUGAUUGGAUGAUUUAUGCUAAUUUGGAUUUUGGUGCUUCCGCGUGAAAGGAAACCACAGCUAGAUGGUCGGAACGUGGUAACCGACAGUAGUUGGAUUAAAAGUGAUUGAAAAAAAAGUAUUCUCUAAAAAAUAAAAGAGCAUCGCAAAAAAAAUAUUAAACACGGUGUGAAUCUCUGAAAGCAGUUUUACCGAGCAGUGAAAAGUUGAACCAGAAGUAAGCGCGCCAGUGAAAAUUUUAACCCUAAAUAGUUUCGAAAAAUAACGUUUUUUCUUGCGAACGAACGAAACGAGCGAACUCGCGGUACUCGGUGGUGCGGGCUCUUGGGGCUGAAUAGUAGUUGGCCCCCUCACAUCACUCCAACCCCGGGGAAGGAGCAAUCCAGUUAGGAACGAUUAGGGUGUAAGGAAACAGUCGCCAUGAUCAGCAGGAGUUCGAGCCUCCAGGGGCUCGAAACGAUAGCAUCCUUGCUAAUAGUAGCCACGUUACUAGUGGCGUCACACGUUAAUGCCGCACCCAUGUACGAGAGCGAUCAGACUGACCUGGAGACGUACGGCGAAUCGGCGGGCUGUUACUACAACUACAAUCACUACAGCGAGGGUGACCGUAUCAUGACGAACGAGCCCUGCCUCAACUGUACCUGCCACGACCGCAUGCUGAUGUGCUACCUGCGCGUGUGCCCCUUCACGAAGGCGAUCGGCCAGGACUGUACGAUCGAGAAGCGCGAGGACCAGUGCUGCCCGGUGAUCACCUGCCCCGAGGUGGAGGUGCAGCUGGUGGACCACCAGUCGACGGCCGGCCCGGACUCGACCGCCGUCGGGGCGCCCGACCAGUACGGCUGCUCGAUCGAGAACCGCUUCUACCCGGAGGGAGCUCAAGUGCCAUCAAACCCACACAAACCUUGCGAGCUGUGCUACUGCAUUCGGAACAUGACCACUUGCGUGAUGCAGGAGUGUACGCUGCACAUUGACGGAUGUCAGCCGAUCUACAACAAGGGCGUCUGCUGUCCAGUGAGAUACGAUUGCGAUCACGAAAAGGAAGAGUUCCCGCAGCUGGAGGACGAAAUGACGACGACGGUGCGCCCAACGCCCGGAUUCAUCCUGACGACCACGAUGACCCCGUCCAUCUCGACCGACUGCGUCCACAACGGAGAGGCGUACGCCGACGGAGCGAUGAUCAUUACGGACAAACCGUGCGAGCACUGCUACUGUAUGCGCGGAGACAUCGUGUGCGCCGUGCAGGAGUGCGGAACGCCGCUGGAGAACGAGGGCAAGAACUGCACGGCGAUGGCACCGGAACCGGGCAUGUGCUGCCCCGACACGUACAUCUGCGACGGAGGCAUGGAUCCGGCCACGACGCUGCGACCGGCUUCGGACGAUCAGACGGCGGAGGAAGCGGUGGCCACGACCAAGGCUCCGGCGACCAGUGACGAGUCGGCUCCUUCCGAGGAAGACGACGGCGUUCAGGAAGCCAUUGCCAUCGACGACAAGUCGGACAGCAACGAAGACAGCGAGGAGCAGACGCCAGUCGUGCACCACGACGAUGUCCAGAGCGAAGAGGAGGAAGCCCAGGAACCGGUAGCGCCAGUCGCCUCGGACGACCAGGAAGAGGAGAAACCAACUGCCACCACCACCGCUCGACCAAGCCAGCAGGAAGCCGACGAGAAGGAGGCCACCACUCAAGCUGCCGUGCAACAGGAUGAAGACAAGGAACAGGCGGUGCCAGCUGUCGCUGACGACAACGAAGUCGAAGAGGAACCAGCGGUCGCCACCACGGAAACGCCAGCCGAACCAGAGAAGGACCUCGUCGCACCAACAGUCUCCGCUGUCGAUGACGACUCCGCAGCUCACACCACCUUCGCACCGAAGGAAAGCGAUGCCGAAGAGCCGGAAGUGACCACCGCGUUCGCGUUCACCCCUAGCGAUGAUGAAGUUGACCUGACUACCGAAAGCCGAACCUACCUGCCACCGUUCCGGGACUCGGAAACCACGACCGUCCGCGUCGCCGAAGCCGACGAAGUGACAACGCAAGCACCGGUCGUCGCUGACGAUGCCGAAUCGGAGAAGGAGUCCGACGCACCGGAAGCCGACUCGCUGACCACUGCCAAGCCAAUCGAAUCGACCACCAACACCAAGGAACCGGCCCACAAGUUCGAGGACAACGCACCAGCAGAGCAGGACUUUGUUGAGCUGCCGCCAGCGGUCAUCGUGACGGAACUGCCGCCAGUGCCAACCAGCGAACAACCCACCACGGUCCACAUCCCGGAGAUGCCCGAGGAAGAAAUCAUCACGCACCACCCGCCGGAGGCCGACUCGCACGUUCUGGAUGACUCGAUGACCUCGACUGCCGCCGCGCCAGUCGCUGACGAAGAGGACAAGAAGCCGGAAGCACCAGCCGUCGACAUGGACGAACCGGUUGAGAUGAACACGGUCAUCCCGCAGGAAGAGGAGAAGAAGCAGGAGGAACAACCAGUUGCCGCUGGCAAGCCUCAGGAAGACGAACAGACCCAGAUGUUCCCGGAGGCCAUCCCCGGAGAGGGCGACUGUCUGGUCGAUGGAGUCACGUACAAGAACAAUGCCGACAUCCCUGCCAACAACAAGUGCCAAGAGUCCUGCACGUGUACCAACAGUGUCGUCCAGUGCGAGAUGGUCCGCUGUGCGGCCGCUCCGUCCAAGGACUGUGCCCCGGUGCCGGCCGCUCCUGGUGAGUGCUGCCCGACGUACAAGUGCAACGCUGUGGACGACAGCACGUCCGAGUCGGACAGUGACGAGGAGACCGCACUUACCCAGGAGGAACAGGAAGCCAAGAAGCCUACGGAGAGCUCCUCCACCGAAAGCAGCUCGUCGUCCAGCAGCGACGACACCACGGAAGACUCCAAGGAGGAGGACGAACCGGCCCAGUCGGAAAGCGACUCCACCUCGGAUGACGAUAGCGAAGAAGACGACGAAUCGAACCAGGUUGAAGCACUCAAGCCCACCACCAGACGGCCGGUUGCGAGCAGCACUACGCCGAAGGUCGAACAGGACGAGGCAUCGGACAGCGAUUCGGACUCGGACAGCGAGGAGGCCGAUUCGGAUGAGUCGGAAGAACCCGCCAAGAUCACCACCGCACGACCAGCUUACUCCGUGCCGGAAGCCACCACCGUCGGCAAGGUCGAGGAAGAGAAGGCGACUACCGCUGCGCCAGCAGCUGAUGAGGAACAGAAACCGGUGGAACAGGACGCUGUUGUCGCUGACGGAACCACUGCUGCGCCAGCAGCUGAUGAGGAACAGAAGCCAGAAAGCGAUGACAGUGAGCCACCAGCUGAGGAAGCCACCACUGCUAAGGUUGAACAACAAGCUGAUGAGAAGGACGAAGAACCCGCUCAGGAAGCCACCACUGUCAAGGUUGUCGAACAACAAGCUGAUGAGAAGGACGAAGAACCCGCUCAGGAAGCGACCACUGCUAAGGUUGAACAACAAGCUGAUGAGAAAGACGAAGCUCAGGAAGCCACCACCGUUAAGGUUGUCGAACAGCAAGCUGACGAAAAGGAGGAAGAACCCGCUCAGGAAGCCACCACCGUCAAGGUCGCCGAAGACGAACCAAGCGCACCAGUUGAGCAGGACGAAACUCAGGAUGAGGUGCAGGCUACCACCGCCAAGGCCGAGGAACCAGCCGACGAGGUAUCCGCUACCACCGCCAAGAUUGACGUGGCAGAAGAUGACGUGCCGGCUGAACAAGCUCACGACGAGCUUCCUUCGGAGGAUGUUACCACGACUAAGCCAGUUGUCGCCGCCGAUGAGGAAGCUGAAAAGGCUGAUGACGCUACCACUGCCCAACCUGCUGCUGCCGCUCCUGCUGCUGCUGAUGAUGAGCAAACCGAACAAGAAGUCCAGGCUCCAGUGGCCGAACAAGAUGAGCCGGAAGCGCCAGCCACAACCGUGCAGCCACUAGCCGUUCCAGCUGACGACGAACAGAAGCCAGUUGAGGAUGACAAGCAAGAGGAGCAGGAGAAGCCCGUGGACGAUUCGAUUCACUUCCCAGAUGAGCAGGAGUCGGAAGAACAGAAACCAGUGGAGCCGAAGCCUGUUGAGGAUGACAAGCAAGAGGAGGAGGAGAAACCUGUGGACGAUUCGAUUCACUUCCCGGAGGAUGAUGAUGAUGAAGAACCGAUCUUCAAGCCAACCGUUGAUGACCACGUUGCUGGACACGUCGAUGAGGACGAUUCCGAGGAGGAGAAACCAGCUGUGGCUACUCAAGCACCAGAAGAAGCUACCACCGCCAAGGUUGAAGCCGAAAAGGAAGCCGACAAACCAGUUGUUACCGACGCACCAGCUGAGGAGGAAGCACCUACUCAAACUCCAGCUGCCGAUGUUGCCGAACCGGUCGAAGAGCCAACCACCAGCGCACCGGCGGUUAGCCAAGACAGUGUGCCGGAAAUGCCGCAGGAGGAACUGCACCCGCAAAUGCCGCUGGAGUCGGACGAUCAGAUCAAGGAACACGAUGAGCCUGCUGCCGCCACGACCGUCAAGGCCGAAGAGGAGAAGCCCACUACCGCUGCUCCGGUUGCUGAUGAUGCCGCUGAAGAGGAGGACAAGCCGAAGCCGGAAGUGCAAGCCGAAGACGAGAACGUCAGCUCGGAAGAGGAGCAGGAGCACGUGCCAGUGAGCUUGGACCCGAGCGCAGGAGAGGAAGAGAGCAGUGAAGAGGCCGACGUUCAGGAGGUGCCGGCACCUACUUCGGAGGAGCAUGACGACAGCGAGGAGGACAAGAAGCCAGCUGAAGAGACGCCGACGCCAGUGGAAGCUGAUGAGGAAACGCCAGCCGUGGUAGAGGAGGUGAAGCCAAUUGAAGAGGAGGUUAAGCCAGUGGUUAGCGAUGAACAACCAGCUGAGGAAGCCACUACGACUGCGUCUGUUGCAAGUGCCGACGAAGAGAAGACAACUGUUGCUGCUCCAAGUGCCGACGAAGAGGAGAAGAAGCCGGAAGAAAUGGUAGCACCAAGCGCUGACGAGGAGGACAAGAAGCCUGAGGAAGCCGCCACCACCGUUGCUGCACCAAGCGCCGACGAGGAAGAGCAGAAGCCUGAAGAAAUGGUUGCUCCGAGCGCCGACGAGGAAGAGAAAAAGCCUGAGGAAGCCGCCACAACUGUCGCCGCACCAAGCGCCGAUGAAGAGGAGAAGCAGCCAGAGGUUGAAGUCUCAAGCGAUGAGGAACAGAAGCCAGCCGCUGACGACGAAAAGAAACCGGAAGCCGAUGAGGAACAGACGUCCGCGACGACUGUGGCUUCGAUCGAUUCUGAUGAUCGCGUCGGAGUAACCGAAGCUGAGCAGAAACCAGUUGAGGCUGACGAAGAGCAGAAGCCAACGGAAAGCGCAGUUGAAGCUGACGAGGAAGAGAAGCCGACGGUCGAUGCUGUGGAACCAGUUGAAGCUGAUGAAGAGCAGAAGCCGACGGAAAGCGCAGUUGAGGCUGAUGAGGAACAGAAGCCGACGCCAGCUACCGAUGCUAAGAAGCCAGUUGAAUCUGAAGAAGAGCAGAAGCCUACUGAAGCCGCUGUGGAAGCUGACGAGGAGGAGAAGCCGGCGGUCGAUGCUGUGGAACCAGUUGAGGCUGAUGAGGAACAGAAGCCGACGGAAAGCGCAGUUGAGGCUGAUGAGGAGGAGCAGAAGCCGACGCCAGUUGCCGAUGCACAGGAACCAGUUGAGUCCGACGAGGAAGAUAAGCCAGUGGAAGCUGACGAAGUGCAGAAGCCUACGGAAAGCGCCGCUGAAGCUGAUGAGGAACAGAAGCCGACGGAAGCCGCCGUGGAAGCUGACGAGGCGGAGAAACCAGCUGUUGAUGACGAACAGAAGCCAGUUGCUGCCGAUGAGAAGCCGGAAACGACCGAUGCUCCAGCAUCGGAUGAGAAGACUGAGGAUGAAGCGACGACAGUUGCUCCAGCGAUUGUGGCUGAUGAAGUCAAGGAAACCGACGAUACCGGCAAGCCUGCCGUGGAGACUGUACCGACUAGCCAGGACGAUGUUGAGGACGAGCACGACGAGAAGCCAGCUGCCGAGGCAACUACUGUUGCUGCUGCCGCUGAUGCGACCACGCAAGCGCCUGUCGUAGCGGACGAGAAGGAGCAGGAACCGGCUGUGGAAGAGGAAGUGCCAGCGACGACGGCCAAGGCUGAGGUGACUGCUGCGCCGACGGAGGCUGCCAAGGAUGAGGAAGCUACGACUACGGUGGCGCCAGUGAAGGUUGAUGACGCUGAGGAAAGCACGACGGUUGCGGCUGCCGCACCAGUUGUUCCAGUGGAAGCUGACAAGCCGGUUGAAGCCGAUGAUGAGGACGUGCAGAGCUCGAAACCGGUGUUCGGAGAUGAGAAGCCAAGUGUGCCAGCUGACGAUGAGGAUGAUCUGCAGCAACAGUCUAAGCCCGUGUUUGACGAUAAGGACGAGCAGGAAGUGCAGAAACCGGUUGCGCCGGAAGAGGACAGCUACCUGCCAAGCACUACGAAGAAACCGGAAGGCGAGACUCCAGGACCAUCGUACGGACCACCUGGAUCGCACUACGACACCGGAUACGGACACAUGCCACCGCACUACCCGCCAUCGUCGUACGAGGAUGACUACACGGACGAGGAAGAUCCGGCCGCGUUCGGACCGGGCACUUGCCGGUACGGUGGCAAGCUGUACGUGUCGGCCCAGCAGAUCCCACGCGACGAUCCGUGCGAUUUCUGCUUCUGCUUCCGCAGUGACAUCAUCUGUCUGCAGCAGUCGUGUCCGCCGCCAAUCAGCGGCUGCCACGAGGAGCCCAUCUCCGGCUUCUGCUGCCCACGGUACGAGUGCCCGGUGUCGAUGGCGACGGUGCUCAACGUUACGACCAGCACGACCACCACCACGACCACGCUGCCACCGCACUUCCUGUCGCACGCGUACAAGGGAUCGGUGACGAAGCGGGGCUGCCAGAUCCAGGGCAAGGCGUACCAGGUCGGCGAAACCGUGGCCGCGACCAGCGGUCCCUGCAUGCGUUGCUCAUGCGGCGGCGACGGCCAGAUGAAGUGCGAACCGAAGGCGUGCAGUCCGGAACCGAUGCUGCAGCAGAUGAUUGCCGUGGCGGCGUCCCGAAGGAGAUGAAGCGACUAGAGAUCCGAGUGAGAGCGCGUAUGAGAACGAAACUGGUGUAUGAGAGCGAGAGCGCGUGCGAGAUUAACCGCGAGAGAUUGCACGAACGCGAAUACAAGUUAGGAUGUAAUCUCAAGUUAGAAACCUUUUUUUCAAAAGAAACCGAGAAGAUGGCGCGAGAUCCGGCGUGGCGCCACCCCCUCUCGCAGUGACGAGUAGCGAAACUAGCGCGAAGAGACAUCACCAAGAAAACAAAGUAGCUCAUUUGUUUUUUUUCCAAAAGACUUGAACGCACACAAACAAACCAACUCACUUACACAACUACAGAAGUACGCUCACGAACACACGCAAACAAACAGAUCAGUAUAGCCGAGACAACGAUUUCUAGCAAAGGCUCACUUGAUUGACGGCGGCCAUGUUGGACAAUAUGGCCGCCUUCGAUUGGGUGAGCGCUAAUUCCUUUUUUUUCGUGUAUAGAAAAAUUCUUUCAAAUCGACAAUUUUACACAAAAAACACACAACUUAUUAGGAGCGAAUGUCACAACAAAAAGUAAACAAAAACAAUGCCAGAUAGUGGUCGUCGUGUCUCAUACAAUUACUUCUAGUCUCUCUGUUUUACAUUUUUAAUAGAAGGAAUGGAAGAAGGAAGAAUACACACCUUACACACACACACACACACACACACACACAUACACACAAACUGACUCAAAUCGCCGAAAUCUUGUCUUUAUGUAGUUGUUUGUUUCUAGGAACGUGAUGAAAGCUAAAUUUUUUGACAUUUAACAAACGCACACGAAAAAAACAUCGAAAUGACGUACCCCUCAGCGAGCGCGCCCUUAUAAGUGUAAAUUCUAACCUCAACGUGAAUGUUAUUUUUCUAUUGUACGAAUAUGAAUAUGCAUUUCCGUUUUUUACGUGUUAAAUUUAUUGAUUUUUUGACGGUAGCAUCGUGUAGAAUUCGAGGAGCAUCGACUAACCCCUCGUGUCACUUUUCCAAACCACGUUCAAAACGAAAAACAAUAGAUUUGCUUAGUUUUGCCGACAAACACACUCACACCAACACACAUUAAGACGAACGCGACGAGCCAAGCGUGUAGGAAUGUUAGGAUUAAACAAUGGAACGCCCCCCCGCGAGCCCUGACGAGACCAAUACUAACACACACACACUCCGGGUGACAGCCAGUUGAUGAACAAUGAAUUUCUUGCAAGGUGCGGGCCGAUCAAGGUUGGCCUUGCAACCAAUUCAUUAAAAUUUGACGAUGUUACCAGCAAAGUGUCAGUCCCACUUAAGUAGAGAGAGAGAUACCACUAACACGAAUACACUCACGCACACACACAUGUCCCACAACCACAAUCGACGAAGAAUGAUGUGAUAUUUUGUAACUUUUAAAACAAACAAACGAAAAAAACAACCAAUUUCGGGCCAAACAUUCCAAGUAUCAAACUGACAGUGCCGACCUCCGGUCGGUGGACCCCCCGUUCAUGUUUUGACAGCAGCUGUCAAAAAUUUACCUUUUUCCGACUCUCUGGUCGUCUCUCUCUCUCUCUUUGUUUUUCUUACACUCUGACACUUUAACUCACGUACACAACUACACAAAUGAGGACUUUUUUGCGAUUAGAAAUUCCCCGGGGGGCGAGCAGAGAGCGUGAAAGAUGUAAAUAUUACUUAUUUAUAAUGGAAUGACGAGAAGGAAAGCAGCGGUUGGAAAGGGAAGUAGAGAGCGAAAACAAAAUGGCGGACGCAGCGUAGGGUUUUAAACUUUGUUUUGCCAAUUAAACAGAGGGAAAACAAAAGGUGAUCGAAGGUUUUUUUUCGGAGGAAGACAUAUUAUGUAAUUGACGAGGAGAAAAAGAAUCGGAAAAACUCAAAAAAAUUAAAACGCAGAAAAAGAGAGUAUUUUUUAUCUUAGUUUAUGUGUUUCUGUCACUUCUUUUUUAUAUUUGUAUAUUUGCCAUAAUUUUAAUCAGUUUAAACAAAAAUAUUCAGAAUGCAACAUUUCAAAAGAAUUUGGAAGGAAACGCGUAUAAAGAGUUAAGCAAUAUUCAAAUUUAGGAAAGUUCCCUUCCCGAAAACGAAAAAAAGACGUAACACGCUAAAGCAAAAAGAAAUAAAAAAAAGAAAACAAGCGGUAGCAACGUGAAGGCGCGAGUAUUGACUAUCGAUUUAAAUGUAUUACUUAGCUAUUAAUUUAAUCAAAGCAACCCAUGCAUUAUUGUAGAACAAAAGCAGUUGGAAAAAAACGAGAAAGGCACGCACUCAAAAACAUCCCCUCUCACGAACACAUACACACACUCCCAAACAACAACAACAAAAAUGACAGAUAGCAAACGACUGAGAAAAGGUCGCAAAAAAAAUCACACUCUAAAUUAAUGUCAGUACGUUUUCAGUGUAUAAAAUUAAACUUCAAAUCAAACUGGAAAAUCAUCCAAAAUAAGAAAAACUAAACGAAAAAUGUAGGUGCAAAACGAAAGAAAGGUGAGAAAAGAGAAAGAGAGAGAGUUAGGAAGUGAACCAGAGUGACAUUAGCUCGCCCGUGCUGUUGUUUCUCACGCUCAUGCACUGAGAGAAAAAGUCGCGUGCAAAACAAGAGAGAAAGACAUUCUUAUCGUCGUGUUUACUAACAAAACACUGACAGUGGGACAGCUGAGUGGAGGCCCACUUUAAUCCCACUCUUUUUUGUGUUUAUUUUAUUCAGAGAUGUACUUAGGUGACACUCGUAGUCUUUUUUUGUUUUUAACACAAUGAAAAAAAAACCAGUCAAUUUUACUAAACAAAACAAAACGCGGAUAGACACUGUGAAAACGACUCACGCCAAGUUUUCCUUAAAUUAUUAUCACUGGGAUAAAACAGGGAAGGACAGGUUUGACUUUUCCUCUUUUAUCUCUUCGCAGCCAGAGAUGACCCUCUUCCUGUGUCUAUCCCUUAGUCGUUUAUGAGCAAACAUUUUUUUUAAGCAAUUUAAUUUAACAAAAUAACCUCCACCAAUCAUUUGGAGCGAUUGGAGCGCCAUCAGGAGAAGCCACGGCACGGCUGCGACCACAAAUCUUGCUCGAGUUCAACAAAAAAAAAACAAAACAAUGAUAAAUUAUAAAUUAAAAACAAGGUAGACAGAAGAAAGAGAUUCCACAGAGCCUCAGAAAAUAAAGCGAAAGUCGGUAAAGCAGAAUCCACUGGAACGUGAAGCAGGGCGGUGUUCAAAAUGCAACUGUAACGAAAAUACGUAUGUUCGGAAGUAGUAAACGUUCAAGUGGAAAUAUACCAACUACCGGGAAGAAAAAAAAACCUGCACAAGAGGAAUAAAAUCACACGUGGAACCGAGGAGAAAGAGAGAGGAAAAGCAAGAAUAAAAAAUCAGGAUAUUUUUAAGUGUCCUUUUAUACUGAAAUAAAAUUUUUACGUAAAAAUUGAAUAAAAAAUAAA